CCAUAAUAUCUAAUAGGCAAAGAGGGAGGGGUUUCCAGUAGAAACUCUAGGGAGAAACUCACCCAGCUUCAGUCACCAGCCCAACUGCCUAGGCUUUAGAUAACCAUGUGAAGGGAUUCCACUGUCAGAAAAGAGGCCAAACUUCUAUCACCAUGGUGGAUGUGAAAUGCCUGAGUGAUUGUGAACUGCAGAAUCAACUGGAAAAGCUUGGAUUUUUACCGGGCCCAAUACUACCUUCCACCAGAAAAGUGUAUGAAAAAAAGUUAGUGCAAUUGUUGGUCUCGCCUCCCUGUACCCCACCUGUGCCGAAUGGACCCAGAAAGUCAAAUGGACCUCAGGACAAGAGUGAAGCGUUUAAUGUCCUUUUGAAAGAAAAACUCAAACUCUCAACAGAAAAAUGCAAGGAACUCAAAAAAAGACCCAAGAUUGCCAACAUUAAAACAAAAGCAGGAGACUUCUACUACUGUGGUCGGAAGAUUCCCAAGAGAUCAAGGAGCGCUGCAAGAGCACCGCAGACCAGAAUCAACCUUGACACUGUCAGCGAAGAUUGUCUGUGCUCUGCACUGAGCCACGGGAUGACUCAGGAGUGUGAUGAGUGCUGUUUCCCCAUGGGCUUGAAGCUUGCUAUCCUUGGCAUCCUCCUCAUUGUUGUAUUUGUCUACUUAACUGUGGAAAGAGAACCACUCUUUAGAUAAGUCCUUUAGGAGCAAAGCAACAUGAUAGUGCUUGAAUAAUGCCCUCAGCAAGCCCUUCAAAGGGGCCACCAUACCCCUGGCCAGGCAGCCUUCCCUGGCUGAUCUGUGCCUGGGUUUAGCCAGGUGAAAGGAAAGGGGGAGAACCAGGCAGCUGUGAGUUAAGAUCACGAUGUUUAGGAAAACCUCAAUCAUGUAAAGCCAUCAUUAAAGGUGCUUCCACACAAGA